AUGGUGGCCUACAUUUUCUUCAAUGAAAAACUUGUCAACUAUGCUGAGAAGUACCGCGGUACGCAGGCAGUGAUCAUGCACGAGCUGGAGGCGUAUGCCGACGUAACCCUUGAGGGUGAUGGCGCCAGUACUUGGACCAUUGUGCUCUAUAGUCUAUCUACAGCAUCGCUCUUCAUCAUGGACGACUCGGAGGCCAUUGAUGUCAAAGCAAACUCUUGCGUGGCACCCGACUGGAAGUCCAUGCGCUUUGCUCGCACUCUGUUUGCCGGUGCCAAGUACAGAUCCUACACCAAGAUGAUCCCUGCCGGGUUGACACCAACUCCUCAUCGAUUUCUGAUCCCAAAGAGGACGGCAAGUCAGCGAGCUGCCACUCCAAAGCCGCUUGCCAGCGGAUCGCAGCAGUUCCAUGCCACGCCGCGGUUCUCGCUGCAUUCUACACCGCGCGAGCCGCCUGCUUUGCAACCAUCGUCCACGCCGGCGCGUCCGGCGACGUUUGCGCGCCAACGCCAGACGGAAGACAUCAAUGAUGUCAUAGACAGCUCCCCUCCCGACGUGCAGCCGUCCAAGAUCUUCAGAGACUCCAUCGAGGUCGAGUCCAUUCCGUCGUCGUCCUUUGCAGCGGCUGCGGCAUCGGAUCAUGGGUUUCACGUCGAAGAGAGCGACCCCGAGCAUGGGGCGCCUUUUCCAAAGCGGCGGCGCUUAUCGGUAUCUUCGGUAGUGGAGGAUGAGGAUGAGCCUACCUUGCCUUGGACAGAUCCUUUAGACGAGAUAAGGGCCGCGCAGUCGGACGACGAGCAUCUGGACAAUCCUGAUGAUUUUGAGUCGACAGCAAACUCGGAUGCACCAGAGUCACCGGGGGUGAAUGUUCAACAGCCAACAUUUCAAAGAGCACCAAGAUUCAAGCCGGUUGAGCGACCAGAGGGCACAACUCAUGAUCCGCUGCCCGACGCCUUUUCACCACGGAGGAGAGGCACUAAAGAUGUCCCAGGAGGACUUGCGGCCCAAGUCAGAGAUUGGCUCAUGGACAUUGAAUCCAAUACGGGGUCCAAACGAGACGGGGAUUUCGUGGCGCGAAUCUCCGUGGAAGAGUUCCGGCAUGGUCAGAGCAUGGUUCUCGUCAAGGGGCACAUUGUCCCAGACGAUAGCUCUACGACACAACACCGGGCGACAGUCCCAAGCUUACAGGUGAUGCUUGCGGGAGAGGGCCGCUUGCUUGAUCUGGCGAGAAGAAACGAAGUCAUCGUCGGAGCUCUCGUGGCAAUUGCCAAACCUGUCUGGGAGAUCAACCUUGGGCCGGAAGGCCGGUGGGCAGUCGCUUGUGAUUGGGUUGUCCUAUGA